AUGACGCUUCUAAACAAGAUGGAGGUCGAUAAUAAAUUUAUUAAUGGUGAAGGAUUUAAACAAUAUUAUAUCACAAAAAUUGAAGAAUUACAGCUGAUUGUUUCGGAGAAAAGUCAAAAUUUACGGCGAUUACAAGCUCAGCGUAAUGAACUCAAUGCCAAGGUCCGUAUGUUACGUGAAGAGUUACAACUCCUCCAAGAGCAAGGAUCUUACGUCGGAGAGGUCGUUAAACCAAUGGACAAGAAGAAAGUCCUCGUGAAAGUCCACCCCGAGGGAAAAUUCGUGGUCGACUUGGACAAAAACAUUGACAUUAACGACGUAACGCCAAAUUCACGUGUAGCAUUGAGAAAUGAAAGCUACACGCUGCACAAAAUUCUUCCUAAUAAAGUUGAUCCAUUGGUAUCGUUGAUGAUGGUUGAAAAAGUUCCUGACUCAACUUACGAGAUGGUUGGUGGUCUAGAUAAGCAGAUCAAGGAAAUAAAGGAAGUGAUCGAGUUGCCGGUCAAGCAUCCAGAGCUGUUUGACGCCCUAGGAAUCGCCCAACCUAAAGGAGUGCUUUUGUACGGACCACCUGGAACUGGUAAGACCCUUCUGGCCCGUGCAGUCGCUCAUCACACCGAGUGUACCUUCAUCCGUGUAUCCGGCUCUGAAUUGGUGCAGAAGUUCAUUGGAGAAGGUUCACGUAUGGUACGUGAGUUGUUUGUGAUGGCUCGGGAACACGCGCCUUCAAUUAUAUUCAUGGACGAAAUUGACUCCAUUGGUAGCUCGCGUAUUGAAUCAGGAUCUGGGGGUGACAGCGAAGUACAGCGUACUAUGUUAGAAUUAUUGAAUCAGCUUGAUGGUUUUGAAGCUACUAAAAAUAUCAAAGUAAUUAUGGCUACCAAUCGUAUUGAUAUCCUCGACCCAGCGUUACUUCGUCCUGGAAGAAUUGACCGUAAAAUUGAGUUCCCUCCACCAAAUGAAGAAGCUAGGCUUGAUAUUUUGAAAAUUCAUUCACGGAAAAUGAAUUUGACCCGUGGAAUUAAUUUGAGAAAAAUUGCCGAACUUAUGCCUGGCGCUUCUGGUGCUGAAGUCAAGGGAGUUUGUACUGAAGCAGGAAUGUACGCACUUCGUGAACGCCGAGUUCAUGUUACUCAAGAAGAUUUCGAAAUGGCAGUCGCAAAGGUUAUGCAGAAAGAUUCUGAAAAGAACAUGUCCAUUAAAAAAUUGUGGAAAUAA